AUCCUCACGACUUCACGACAACUAACCGCAGCACCGCCAGCAGCAACCUCGUCGACAAGAUGCCGAAGCAAACCACGCACAAUGACAUUCUUGUCCCCGAGACUCUGUUAAAGAAGCGCAAGAGUCAAGAGAAGGAGCGUGAGGCUCGCGCUGCCGAGACUCAGAAGCGCCGCGCUUCCAACAAGGAAAAGCGCAAGGUCAUCUUCAAGCGCGCCGAGUCCUACGUCAAGGAGUACCGUGACCUUGAGCGCGAGAAGAUCCGUCUCUCUCGUGCUGCCAAGCAAGAAGGCUCCUUCUACGUUCCCGCUGAGAACAAGCUGGUCUUCGUCGUCCGCAUCAAGGGUAUCAACAAGAUUGACCCCAAGAAGCGCAAGACUCUUCAGCUCCUCCGUCUCCUCCAGAUCAACAACGGUGUUUUCAUUCGCUUGACCAAGGCUACCCUCGAGAUGCUGAAGAUUGUCGAGCCCUUCAUCGCCUACGGGUACCCUAACCUCAAGUCCGUCCGCGAGCUCAUCUACAAGCGUGGAUACGGUAAGAUCGACAAGCAGCGUAUCCCGCUGACUGACAACCACAUCAUUGAGGAGAGCCUCGGCAAGUAUGGCAUCGUCUGUAUGGAGGACCUGAUUCACGAGAUCUACACCGUCGGCCCCAACUUCAAACAGGCCAGCAACUUCCUGUGGCCCUUCAAGCUCAGCAACCCGACUGGUGGCUUCCGCCCAAGGAAGUUCAAGCACUUUAUUGAGGGUGGUGAUCUUGGUAACCGUGAGGAGUUCAUCAACGCACUUAUCAAGCAAAUGAACUAAAAGUCGGAUCUUGUAUUUUGCGCGGCGCAUUAGAAAAGUCCGUGAUAUUGGGCUUGGCAUAAGGUCCACGAAGGGCAAGCUUUCUAUAGGGCAAAUGUAGUCAAUGUCAUGAUAUCCUGAUGAUAUUGAUGCCUCGUUUCUCGCGUUUCAUGACGCCGAACGCUUGUGCGCCUAAGACCAUGUAAAGUACAAAGGCCAAAGGACACGCUUGAAGUAGCAAAGCCUACGUGUAUCUUUAUCUCGAUAUGGCUCGUACCGACAGCGUCAUUGAUGACCACUCACUACUGGAGACCAUAAGGAGUAGGAAGUUCAACGACUAAAAACGGGUGAGGCGAUGUUUUAUAAAAUGCUCUAUAUAGUGGUCA